ACAGCAUCUGUAUUAUCGAAUGGAAAAGUAUUAGUUACUGGUGGAUCCAUUAAUAAUUUUGGUUAUUUAAAUAGUGCUGAGUUGUAUGAUCUAUCAACAGGUACUUGGACAACUACUGGUAACAUGACUAAUGCACGAGAAGGGCACACAGCAUCUGUAUUAUCAAAUGGAAAAGUAUUAGUUACUGGUAGCUUUUUAAAUAGUGCUGAAUUAUAUGAUCCAUCAACAGGUACUUGGACAACUACUGGUAGAAUGACUAGUGCACGAGGAGAUGACACAGCAUCUGUGUUAUCAAAUGGGAAAGUAUUAGUUACUGGUGGAUGGAGCGUUCAUGGUGCUUUAAAUAGUGCUGAGUUAUAUCAAAUAUUUGAAACAAAUUAA